GCGUGAUAAUGUGCAAAAUCCAAAGAACGUUGUCGUUGGCGGUGAUCUGCGCCUUUGCUUGUCUUGCCACUGGUGAAGAAGCGAAAAAUGGCAAGGAUUCAUACCUUGUGGCGUUGCAGAACUCCCAGCAGAUCAAUCAACAAAAUAAAGGAAACGGAUUGGUGCGGAUACCACGUGAAGAUUAUAGCAACGUGCCAUCAUCGUCCUACGAAUAUAGCUUAGCUCCAUCAAACACCUACGGAGCUCCGUCAAAUAGUUAUGGAGCUCCUCAAAAAUCAGUGUACGGGCCCCCAAAGCCAGUCUAUGGUCCACCUCAACCAGUUUAUGGGCCGCCAGCACUGAUGAACCAUGGAAAACCCUACAUGAGUCCCGAGAGCUGGCUUCUUAAUAAGCUGAAAAUGAAAUUCAACUGGUUUACGCUCGCCAAAAUUCUGCUCAAGAUUGUGAUAUUCAAAAAAAUUGUCAAAUUCCUUGCCUUGUUGUGCUUAUUGUUUUUCAUUCCAACGCUGAAGCCAAGUGAAAGCGACAGUGACCACAGCGGAGGAGACAAUGAGGAUGAACACCGCCGCAGCUACGACUUGCAGUAUGACUACAAAUCCCGGCUUAAUCAGGUGACAAUGUUUGCCCUGAAAGCAAUGGAAGCUUUCACUGUCGAUAACGAGCUGUAUUGUCCGGAAGAGAACUUCCUCGGCUGCCGAGCGAAGCGAAUGUUCGAUGUGAUCGACGAGGAAUAUCCGCUGAGCAUGAUCCUUAAUAUGUACGUUCCGCAAUCUCAACACAAAAAGGUAUUCCGACUGCAUUCCAACGAUGAAGACUAUGACGGUGUUCAAGUUGCCGACAAUGGAAUCGACCACUCCACAGAUGGCGUCAACAACAGUAGCAGCAGCAGUAACGAAAGUCGUGAACGUGAUGACUAGAUCGAAACGGAUCCUGGAUGUGGCGAAAAAAUAAUUGCACACUCGCAGUCUACUUCGAUCGAUCGUCCACCGUAUACUCGAAUCGAUUAUGAAUUACGAUAAGAAGCGAAAAAAAAAUGCGUGGUUUGAAUUUAAAACCGACGGCCGACAGUGUACUACUUUCUCGAUCCACAGUGUACGAUAAUUUAUAAGCUAGGUGUGUAAAAUUAAGUGCCGGAGCUCGGCUGCGCUAGUACUCAUUUAAUUUAUUUAUUUAUUGUGGUUGUAAUCAUUUUA